CCUGCCCCAUCGUCGUACCCCCUCGCUGCAGCAUGCGGGAAUGAAUGGCAAUACCUCAACUUCGAUACUUCGAGCGGCACCGACAUGAAUCACCUUGGGACGUUGCACAACUUAAUCUGCUCCGGCGAGCUGCGUGCCUACCUUAGUUGGGGGUACAAGUCAGCCACGGAUGAGAACAACAUCUUCAAGUGCUUCUUUGAAGCGGAUGACGAGAAGGUCCCAGUAAGCAUCCUCGGGCUCCUGCAGGGCACUGACGUGUCGGGAACCUUUAUCGGCGAUGUUGUCGGCGGAAUGAUCAUCGACAAUAACGAUUUUGCCGGUGAAUGUGCAACUGGCGACACCUACGGCUACACUGAUGUGGAUCCUUUGGACUCUCGCGAAAAGAUCCAUAUUUGCCAGCCGACAUGGAGUCUUCCGGAAGGCUUCGAUGAGUCAACCUCAACCUGUAGCGCGAUAGCCGAUCAUCCUACAGAGAUGGUUGAUACUAUCGCGCUCGUUGCCAUCCACGAGAUGACGCACUACAGCACUGUCGGUCCAGCGUCGGCCUUCGAAGCUUUGAUCACUGACCAGCUCAAAUUCGACGGGCAGAAAGCGUACGGGAUUGAGAGAGCAGCUGGACUGAUCGGUCAGGAUCACGAGGAACUUAGAGCUGAGGGCAACGCUGACAACUAUGCGUGA